CUUGUUUGUGAACACAUCUAUUCAUGUGAGCAUUUAUUAUAAGUUGAACGACACUUUUAAUAUAAACAAAAAUAACAAAGUAUUGUUUCAAUUCUCAAUCAUGAAUUAUUUCACAAAAUUCGUAGUAUGUGCAUCGAUUGCUCUGUCAUCAGCAAGACCACAGUUCGGAAAUCCAUUUUCAGCAAAUCCAAAUACGUGGGGACAAAGUCAACCCCAACUUCAAACCAGCUUUCAGAAUCAAGGCUAUCAGAAUUCGGGCUAUACGAAUCCAGGCUAUUCGAAUCCAGGCUAUUUGAAUCCAGGCUUUCAGAAUCAAGGCUAUCAGAAUCCGGGCUUUCAAAAUCAAGGCUUUCAGAAUCAACGCUUUCCAACCCAGCCUCCUCCGAACGUUUUUUAUGGAAUUCAAUCAAAUCCAAAUAUGAACUUUAAUCGUAGACCAGGAAAUAUCAAUCAACCAUUAAAUCAAAAUCAAUUGAAUGGAAGACAACCUACAACAGAGCCCGACACAUUUCCAGCAGCACUCCCUGCACAGCCGCAAGCACUUUUAGAUUGUCAAAGUAAAUGUAUCACAACAAACCAAUACAGUCCUGUGUGCGGCAGUGAUAGACAAACCUAUUUUAAUAGCUAUAAAUUGGAUUGCACAAAUAAAUGCAGACGUCAAUUGGACCGAAGCUUUUCUGAUAUUCAAGUUGCUAGUGCAGGUGCAUGCAUUCGGAAUACAUAAAUAUAUUUUGAAACGCAUCAAUCGAGUAUCACAAAUCAGUUGCAUGCAAAAUAAAAAAACAUCAUCGUCGUGCAUAUUUAAUCAUUAAAAAUAUAAUGUGUAGACUAAGUGAAAAAAAAAAAAUCAAAAAUCAUUAAUAAAAUAGUUG